AUGCCUACUGAGGUUGACAGUGAUGGCCUGCUAAACGAACGGGCAUGCCGUUGUAAGAAAGGAUCUUUCAAGCGAAAGUAUCCUCUGAAUAUUAAUGGUCGACAGCAUGACAUUUCAGUUAGCGGGCGCGCUGAGCCUGUCAAUGGGAAAGCGGCGAAUACUGAAGGACUCGCCUCUGCGGCCAUGAAAUAUGCGCCCCCGUUUGGCCUUCGUAGGUCGGAUCUGGUCUCGUUACCAAUUGUGGACUGGGUCAUUCGCACCGGCCACCAUUAUCCCAUCGCCCAUUUGGAGCUAUCCUACAAUUUACGUGCUUCCACACACAAUCAAAACAUCCUGCCCCGUGACGGUGAAGUCGAUACAGCCAUUGCCAUCCUCGCCGACGUCAAUCUCCCCAGUUACGCUCCCCCCACACGUCCCCGAUGUGCUCGUAAAGAGUUGGACAGUGCAAGAAAAUGUGUCCAAGCUGAUGAACAAGGACGCUUGGUCGCUCCCCCGUUGGAAGCAUUGCUGAUGACUGGCUUGGAGGUUGAAGGUGACACUCGGAGUGCCGCCACAGUUUGCAGAGGUGUCGAGGUCAACGUAGGCGGCGGAAGUAGUGCCUGCGUGGAUGAUGGCAGCGGAAAGCAACGACAGGACGUGGAAUCGCAUGGUAGAGAUCUGUAUACACGACCAUGGUCAUGGGCAGAUCUUGUCCGAAAAACAAGAUGGAUACAAUACCUGGUCAAGUGUCUGGUGGUGCAAGAGGAUGCGCGAGAGCUCUUGCAGGGACUUCCGAAAAAUAACACUUUCAGAGGGUCUACAUUCAGAACCUCAGCGAUAUUUGUUGUGGACCGAGGAGUGUAAGACAACGGGAAUGGAGGUCCUGAGCCAACCUUCGAGGGGAUAAACCAGAACAGUCGAUCUCUGAACGGUGCUGCAUUCCAAAUAUGAUGUUUUCGGCACACUCGCGGAGAUGGCAGAUGCCUUUCCGGCAGCAUGGGC